GUAGGCAAAUAUACUGAUAUUGCAGGAAAACACUAAAUACAGUCAUGGCAGUUGUGCACUACAAGUUCAAAAAUAGUGUGGAGUAUGACUCUCUGACGUUUGAUGGCCUGUCAAUUUCCCUGAAAGAUUUAAAACUUGGCAUUAUGAAAAAGAAGAAAAUGAGAGCAGAGGACAACGACCUGCAGGUGGUUAAUGCUCAGACUGGAGAAGUGUACAGUUCACCUAGUUUGAUGAUUCCAAAGAACACUUCACUUGUCUUAGCUAGAAUUCCAGUUGGUGGAACAAAGAAAACCAAGGAUGAUUCUGCUCAAGCUAAAGCACAGAAAUGGGCAGCAUUCAGGAAAGAAACACAGGCAGCUAUAAGUGCAGCUGAAACUGGAGGAUUUAACACGGAGAAAAUUAAACAGUCCUCAGAUCUUGUAAAUGCCCAGUCAUCAGAGAUUGAGAAAAUAGCAGAGAUGAUGAAACAGUCAACAAAAGAUUUUGAUCCCUCAAAUUACACAUACAAGUUUCCGACAGGUGUACCAAAUUCUUCAUACAUUUGUCGCAAGUGUGGUAAAGGUGGUCAUUACAUACAGAAUUGUACAAAUGAACCACUUGAGGGAGCAAACAGUCCAUCAGAUGUACCUCGUAUGAAGAGACCCACAGGGAUACCGGUAGACAGUAUGGUGUUUGUAGAUGAACCAUUACCAGGAACCUACCAAACCCACUCCGGAAAAUAUGCUGUGCCAAAAAUUGAUGUCGCAGCCUAUGUAGAAGGGAAGAAGGAGCGUCCACCAUUCUUGCCAGAAGUGGAAAAGAAGCAAGUGGCAUUAAAGAAGCCUAUACCAAAGGAGUUGAAGUGUCCUCUGUGUGGCGAUCUGGCCAAAGAUGCUGUGGUCAUUCCUUGCUGUGGUAUCAGUUACUGUGAUGAUUGUAUACGUAACAAACUUUUAGAGUCAGAGGACCAUGUCUGCCCUUCCUGUGAUAGUAUGGAUGUGUCACCUGAUGGUCUGAUAGCCAAUCAAAUGCUUCGAAGGGCUGUAACGAACUUCCAGAAUGAAACAGGCUAUGUAAAAAUAGCCCAAAGAGCCAGUGCUCUCAAGCUGGCACAGAUAAAGGCAGCAGAGGCAGCAAAAGCUGCUGCAGUCGCCACUCAAGUGUUGAAGAUGCAGGGACCUAUUGUCCCCCGUGGUCCGUCAGUGUUAGACUAUAAACCACCACCCAAGCCUCAGACACCACCCUCAUCCCAGCCAGCACUAUCAGCCGUACAGACACAGCCUCGUGUCAGUGUCUCGACGUCCAUGCCAGAAUCAAUGAAGGUGAAUGUCACACCUCAGAAGUCACAUGUUCAGGGUUCAGUUGAACAAGAGCCGCCGACUCCUACCCUGGAUGAACCUGUUCGUUCUAAUAGCUAUAUAAAUCAUGUGAGCAGCUCGGCUACACAGAACAUCUCAGUGGGAGAACCUCUACAGACUCUAGUUGGCCAGACACUUCAGCCAGUCAAUAGAAACCAGAGGAGACCAGUUGCUUCAAGUGGCUAUGACUCAUAUUACAAGCCAUCUAUCACCAGUACUUCAGUACCUCCCCCAACUGUGCCACCCUAUCCACCCCCUACAGCAUUCCCGCCCCCAGGAGUACCACCCCCAUUUGUUGGACCACCAGUGUUACCAUUGGUGAGACCUCCCAUCGUUCCACCUGUGAUACCUCCAGUGUUCCCAGGAGCUCUCCCCCCACGACCUACAGUAGCUGCACCCCCUAUCAAUUUAUGCCGAAACCUCUGUCUGAAACAGAAUUCCUGGAGGAGAAGAACAGACUUGCGGAAGGAAAAGGAUCCACUAUUGGAAUUUGCCAAGAAAUUAGAGCAACGUAAAGAGAGGAGCUUCAAGUCUAGAUCCAGAUCACCCAGGCCUCGAUCUAGAUCCUUGUCAAGGCCAAGGUAUCGUUCUCGAUCAAGGGGAAGAAGUUAUUCAAGAUCACCACGUAGAUCUUACACUCCAAGAAGGUCAUCACUGUCUCCAAGAAGAUCAUAUUCACCACGAAGGUAUUCUCCAAGGAGGUCAAGGUCACCUAGAUACUCGCCAAGGCGAUACUAUUCACCCAGGCACUCUAGGUCACCUAGACGGUCGCUAUCACCUAGGCCCAGAUACAGGUCAUAUUCAAGGUCACCUGUCAGAAGAAGGUCAUUCUCACGAUCCAGAUCUAGAGACAGGCGAAGGUCACCGUUCAGACGAUCACUUUCAAGAAGUCCUCUAGGUAGACGUUCCCCAUUUAGAAGGUCUUACUCAAGAGGAAGGUACACACCGCCAAGAUCAAUAUCACCAUAUAGAAGAUCACCACUUAGGCGUUCAAGGUCAAGAGGUCGUAGUCCUAUUGACCAAUAUCGUAGAUCAAGGUCACCUAUAAGGUAUUCACCUCAAAGGAAGAGGUCACCUCUUAGAAGAUCAAAAUCACCUUUUAAAAGGUCUCCAAUUAGAAGGUCAAAAUCUCCAAUUAGAAGGUCAAAAUCUCCAAUUAGAAGAUCAAAAUCUCCAUUAAAAAGAUCACCAGGUAGAAGAACGAAAGAUAAACCUUUGUCAAGAGCAAAGUCUCCCAAGCAGCCAAGGGAGGCUGAGAAAAAAUCUGCUUCUACUAAACUCAAGGAUAAAGAGAGGAAAAACACUGAUACAAGUUUAAGUGACAAUGUGAACAAUAAUAAGCAAACAAAAUCUGCCGAACCAAACAAAGAAAACAUUCCAUCCAAGCCAGUUAAUUCUAGAUCAAAUAACAUUCUGAUAAACAUUGUUGACAGUACAACAGAUGAGAAUAGUGAAGUUGAAGGCAAGAAUUUAAAAGCUGAUAGUAAUCAAAAUGAAAAUGCUGUAUCUAAUAAAAGUAAUGAUAAAAUUGAAAAAUCUGCUGUUGAAUUGAAAGAUAGUAAAGGUAGUGGGGAGAGUGAAAAUAAGCAAGUAUCUAAGGCUGAAACUGAACGCAAACUUAAAUCCAGAUCUAGAUCUAAAAGUAAAGAAAAAUCUGCUCAUUCUAGUAGGCAGAAUAAACCAAAAAAGAAAAGAAGUCCGAAAAGAAAAGAGAAGUCUGUGUCACUCUCCCCUGAGAGGGUUAAGAGUCCCCUAAGAAUGCCUUACAGAGAUAGAUUUGAAGGUGGUAGGGGUGAAAGGUUUGAAGCUGGUAGAGGUGAAAGAUUUGAAUCUGGUAGAGGUAGAAUGGAAGGGGGAAGGGAAAGGUUCGAGGUUGGGCGGGGAGGAUAUGGUAGGGACUGGGAAAGAAAUAGGGAUGCAGACCCAUAUUUCAGGGCUAGACAAAAUGUUGGAUUUAGGGGUAGAGAUUUUAGGGGAAGAGGUAGGGGUUCAGAUUUCAGGGGUGGUAUUGGAGAUUACAGGGGACAGCAGCCACCUGACUUUAGGAAUGUUGACUACAGGCCUCCGCCACAACAGCCACCACCAGGGGACUUUGGUGCAUAUCCCCCUCCAUUAUCAGAUCCGGCUGCCAUGCCUGGCCCAUACAACAGAGAUUACCCUCAGAGAGGAUCACCGGCUUAUCCUGCAAACUAUGGACCUAACUUUCCCUAUCCACCACCAAGAGAUCCACGAGAGGAUCCCAACUGGCAAGGGUUAGUAAGGGAUGAGGAUAUUGUGAAGUUUGAGCAGUAUAAACAGCUGUACGAUUUCUAUAGCAACAGUAGAACAUAUGGAUUUCCCCCAGCCCCUGUCAGUACAUCUGUCCCAUCUGGGCAGACACCACCACAGGGUCCCCCGCCAGCACCUCCAGGCACAACACCCUUAAUUACACCACCAGAACGAGGGGGCUCACCAGGAAGGAGGCGAUCAUUGUCACCUAGGAGACACAGGUCUAGAAGUCCUAGGAGAGAUGGAAAGGACAGGAGGGACAGGGAGAGAGACCAUAGAGAAAAGAGAAGUUCAGCUGAAAGAAGAAAAGAUGACCGUGAAGACCGUAGCCCAGACCGCAAACGUGACUAUUCUCCAGAGAAAAAGAUGACAACUGAUGAUAGUAGAGAUGAAACAAGUCCCGAGAAAAAGUCAAAAGACAAUGAAAAGGAAAGUAAAAAAGAAAGAAAAGCUAGAAGAAAGAAGGAAAAAGCAGAAGGUGUUGAGAAGAAGAAGAAAAAGAAGAAAGAUAAGGAAAAAAGUAAAUCUAAGAAAGACAGAGCUGAGAAGAAAGCCAAAAAGCUUAAAACAGUUGAACAGUCAGAGAAUGAAGAGGGAGUUGUCAGUAAAUCAAAAUUAUCUGAGUCUCAAAAUGAAACAGAUACAGAUAAAAGUGAUAGUGACACUGAAAGCAAAGUGAAAACAAGGACUUCUAGACAGAAUUCGACUGCACAGUCGGAUAUGUCUGACCAUGAGGUGGCUGAGGUAAAGAAGAUUAAAAAAUUUAUAAAGACAGAAAUUAAGGAGGAGAUUGAAUCAGAUACCAAACAAAGUGUAAAGAAAUCAGAUUCAGAUCUUGAAGAAGAGAAACAUUCUCCUGUGAGAGUAAAAACAGAAAUUGAGUCGGACAAUGAAAACAAGGAACCUGUUAAACUAGAGAAAAGAAGGUCUAUUAAGAGAGGAAAACCUGAAGCUGAUGUUGAAGAGGCCACUGAAGCUAAAAAAGCUAAAUUGGAGGAAGUAGUAAAAGAAGAAGUGAAGGAAGAAAAGAUGGAAACUUCUGAUGGUGCAUCUCCAGCUGGUUCUGAAGGUUUUGAUGAUAUACCCCAUCCAGAAGAUGAAUUGAUGUUAGAUCCACCAGAACUAUCCAAGUGGGAGAAAUGGGAGAAAGAUGAGGAACCCUUGCAUUGGAUUAACAUUAAUUUCUUAUUUAUGGUUCCUAUGAAAAUUGCCUACUUUUGUUAUUACAGAUCUGUGAUUGAGAAAGCUGAACAUGCAUUAGCACAGAAGGUCAUGAAACCUACGUCUGUGAGCUCUGCAGUUUCUGUCAUCCAGCCUGUCAAGACAAAAGAGACAAAAUCAGACAUUAAGGACGUAGAGCCUGUACAAAGUAAGAGGGAGAAAUCUCCAGUGGUUGAACCAAAACGUCGAGUAUUUAUGGAACCUGAUAAGAAAAAGGAUGAACGAAGGGUAGCAACAAAGCAGCAACAUAAUGUUAAGAUAACAGUCACAGGUGACGAGAAAAGAAAAGUGGCCACUGGAAAUGACCUUCGAAAUAAACUCAGGGAAAAACGGCGGGAAAGUGAACAUUCUAGAGACUAUGAGAGAUCGAGGGAUAGGGAUCGUGAUAGAAGCCCAGAGAGAAGUAAGAGAAAGGAUAGUCACAGUUAUAAAGACAGACGUAGUAGUCGAGAUUAUGACAGACAGGAUAGUCGCAGUAGUGUUAAAGAUUCAGAUAGAGGUAAAGGUGUCGGGAGGUCUCUUUCUCGUAAAGAGUCUGUAAUAGAUGAUUCUCGAUUUGUUCCGGACUAUGACGAUGACGAGAGCUUUUCGGAAGAUGAAAAUUCAGAGGACAGUAGUACUGAUAGCUCUUCAGACGAUGCGGUUGUGCAAAGGAAACAUAAACAUAAGAAAAAUAAACACAAAAAGGAUAAGAAGCAGAAAAAGAAGAAAGAAAAGAAGAAAAAGAAACAUAAAUUAGAAAAAGAAAAGAAAAUUAAAUCCUCUGUCGGGAAAUAGAAAACUUGAAUUUUUUGUGUUAAACAAUUAUUUCAUAAUGAUUUAACAGGGGUUGUAAAGUCCAAUUUUAUUGACCUGUCAAUUCAGUUUAAUGCUUAUAUGAAAAUUCAGUCUAAUAUUGGUAGUACACAUAUUUGUCUACUUUUCAAAUAUUUAGAAUAUAUGUUUAUAAGCUGUGUUCAAUUUUUUUUUCUUUUCCUCCUUUAUGUUAUAUUUAAAAGAAAAAAUUUUUUUUGGUAAAUUGAAAUUAAUUGCAUAUUGUAAAAAAUAUUACCACUAAACCAUACAUGGUAAAUGUUUUUGAUAAGCUGUAUAAUCUAAAGUUUGAUAAUAACUAUUUUGAAAAGAUUGAAUGAAAAACUGAAGGUUGGGAAAACAGUUAAUAAUAUGUAUUAAUUGCUAAAAUACUUGUCUGUGUAAGGAGCAUUAAGGAUCCAAGCAUCAAAACCUCAUAAUGGAAUAUAUUACAAACCACCUAAGCCCAGUCUUGCUUCAGACAUAUGCUCUAAUAUAAAAAAAAAAAUUUAAUGUAUCUUUAGCACUAAUAUAAGAACUGCACAGUAUGCAAUUGACAGGUUGCUAUAAAUGGACAAUACGAUUCUACUAAAGAAAUGCAUAAAAGAUUGUCUUAAACGUUUGUUAUAUUGUAUUGGAAAUGAGAUUUAUUUCACAGACUUUUAAGAAAUUUAUCUGUUGUAGUUUUUGAUUGGAGUAACAAUGUGUCAUGUAAUAUUUUUACUUGCUUAUUGGUUUCCACAGAUCUACUAUUUUGCUCAAAAAUUAUCAUGACCUACUGUAGGGUUUUUUUUGGAGUGUAUCCUAUUGUUAACCUUACAUUAUUUAAUUGAACUGACUUCGAGUUUGGAACUGUCAAUAGUUUCCAUGGACUUCAGUACUAAUAUGGGACAGUUGACGUCCUGUGUAGGCUGGCUUUGCUCUGUACUGUUGGAAUAUAGGCAAAUUAUUGCUACUUGUGGCUAUAGUGUAAAUAUUUACAGGUUAAAAUAUUGGAAAUUUUUCCAAGUAAAAUACAUUUUGAAAUAUGAGUAAAUUGGUUUGAGUGUUCAUGUAAAUAGCUUUGUUAAGAUUGUACAUUAUGUUAGAUAAAUUGAUUUAGUGCCUAUUUAUUUAUCAGAAGUGUAAAUGAUCUGUUUGCACUAAGUGUUGAAUGAAGUAUUUUAACCCUUGGCCUGCUGGGAACAACUUAUUUUAAAAAUAACCCAUGCAGCCCAGUGCAGACCAAGAUCAGACUGCCCAGAUCUGAUUGUGGUCUGCACUAUUCAGUACAUGAACUUAUUUUGACAUUUUUCCAGGGAAAAAAAAUGGUCUUGUUCAGAUUGAAAAUCAUGCAAGUCCUUUAAUUUUUAGUGUGGUUAGGGUUAAGUGUGGAGAAAUGUAUUCUAUAUUAGAACUUGAAUAUAUAUUUAUGCUGAGAUUGAAUGAAUACAUGUAGUUUUAUUGUAAUUAUUGUACAUAAAAUAGUGAUAACUAGAAAUUAUUGUUAAGAAUGAGUAUUGAUGUACAUAAAAUCACCUUAUAUCUAAGUGCUUAUAGUAUUGUACACUUAUUUCAUUAAUUAAUAUUAUUAAUGCUAUAAAGAGAAUACUGAUAAGUAUCACAAUAUAAUAAUACAGAUAUUUACUAUGCUGUCAGAUUCAAGGUUUUAGUGACUAUUUCUGUAAUAGACUUAAUCCGUUGUCCGGUAAUAAAUUCUAAAUAAUUUGAUUUCCCAAGAGUAUAGAGUUUUGUAGACGAAAAUGGAAAUUAGAACAACAGUAUGAAGUUUUGCUAACCUACACAGGUGUGCAGGCUGGCCUAGCUCUAUGCUGGUGUCUUGGCAAGUCAAAAAAUGCUUCCAGGGUUCAAAAGUUAAAAUGUGUACAUAUAUACUAAGAUUUGAAUGGCAUUAAUGAUUGGUGGAAAUUUUUAUGAAUUUGCACUUUUUUGAAUACAUUAAUUGUUCAAUUAGUCUAAGUGACUCAAAACAUGUUUGUGCAUAAUAUAUAUCAUAAUAAUUAGGCCUUUGGCCAUUACAUGUCUAUAUUAUUAUAUACAGUUCAUUGUUAUUUUAAGGGGUUUUGAUGAAUUUCUUAAACUUUAUCAUCUUCUAUCAUAAGGCCAAGUUGGCCUGCAUAUUAUUGCAGUUUCCCUGGACUAUAAACUUAUGCUAGAAGUCCUCAUCACAAUGAUCAUGUAAAUUUAUACGGUCUCGUUAACAAUGCAAAGUUAUACGGUAUGCAGUUAUACGGUCUCGUAAACAAAUUUGAAAAAGUUUCAUAAGUUUUAAGGCAUUAAUUGGUAAAAAUGGGAUUUUUUGGGCAUUAUUUUCACUCUAGUCUGCAGGAUUGAUUCAGCUGUUCUAUUUAUUGUUCAUUACAGAUUAUUUGAAUUUUUAAAUAUUGACAUGCAUUCAUUAACUGUAAGUCAUAUUGGUUUUAUUUCACUAUUUUAAGCUAUUAUUUCCAGUUGUUUAUCCAAGGAUAGUAAAGACACUCGUAUAAAAUUACAGUAAAGAUUUAAAACUUUUAACAUAGUUGAAACUUCACCGACAUUUUCCUCUUGAUAGUUUAGUGCCAAUUUUAAUUAAGAAUAAUUUCUGUAUGGUGGCAAACCCACAGUCAAUUUUAAUAUAAAUUUUAAAGCAAAACGUUCAUUUUGAGAUAAGGACACAAUUUACUUAUUUCAUUAUUGAAUGUUAACGUUUCUGAAAAUAUUGUCUUUGUGAAUAAUUUGUACAUACUGAUUUUCACCUAUGUGGUGUUUUGUAUAGAUAAUUAAACAAUUGUAAAAUCAUGUUAUUUGGUGAUCUCUGCAAUAAAAAAGAUAAAAUCCA